CUUAUUGCUCUCUCUUUCUCCCCUCCCCCUCCCUUCCCCAGCCUGAGGGGUCCCGAGGUGACAGCGCCUGCGAGUGCGCCUGGAGGAGCCGGAGGUGGCGGAGAUGGACAGGGCCAGGCCUGGGCGUCGGCGAUCUUCGGCUGAGAUUGUCACAGAGGGAAAAAGGAAAAAGUCAUCAGCUGAUUUACAGGAGAUAACAAAGUUGUUAGCUGUACAGUCAGAGGAUGCCCUUGCUCAGUCACCAUUGUCCAAACUCAGAGGCUCAGAGUGCUGGAAGCUCCCCAAGGGGUGGACAAGAAGUCUAAGAAAUAAAGUCAUCUGUCUAGACCACAAAAACAAAAAAGGUGUCCGUGGGCAUCCUGUCACUUCUAAGGCAUCACCAGAAAGGCAUCUCAGAGUUAUGUUGACGAAUGUUCUAUGGACGGAUUUAGGACGAAAAUUCAGAAAGACCCUACCUAGAAAUGAUGCUAAUUUAUGUGAUACCAGCAAGGUGCAAUCAGACUCAUUGCCUUCGACAUCUGUUGACAGCAUAGAGACAUGUCAAAAAUUAGACCCUCUUCACCAAAGCCUUAAUUUAUCUGAAAGGAUCCCCAGAGUUAUAUUGACGGAUAUCCUCCGAACGGAGUUAGGAAGAAAAUACUUAAAGAUCCCACCUAUAACUGAGGCCAGUUUGAGUGGUACAGCCAACCCGAAGUCAGAGCAACUUUCUUCGUCAUCUGAUGGCAGCUUAGAGUCUUGUCAGAAUGUAAAUCAUCACAAGAGCUUUUUGUCCAAAAGAGGCUCAAAACCAACUAAGACAGAUAACAUUUCUGCAAAGCAGGCUCCAUGUGUGAAAGAAAAGCACAGAGGUAAUCGUGGCAUUUCUGUGACAUCUGAUACUCAGCCUAAAGACUUUAAUCGUAGAAGUAAAGGUUGUGAUUAUCUUGCAAAGGGGACCAGAAACAAGAACACUUCAUAUUCUUAUUCAGAGAUGGAGCACACCCAAGUUUCCAGGAAGAGAAAGAAAAGGGUUAGAAGUAAUUUAUAUGAUUCUAAUAAUUCUAAAUCUUCUUUGGAUACACCAACAGAAUAUAUAAAAGAAGAAGAAAAUGAUUCAACAGCCUCCAGUAAGCUUGAACAGCCAAGUGAGAACUGUCACCAGGACCCAGCACCGCCUGAAGGACUUACACCUGAACCUUUACAGAGUGAAGCCACUAAUGCCUGCUCACCUUCCGCUCAAGAGUCGGGUGUCAGUGCUGCCUCUGGAAGGGCCUCUUCACCCCCCAGAAGCUCAGAGAACCCUGUUUCUCACAAUGAGGCAGAGACUUCCUCCGCAGCUGAGAAGGGCGAGGCAUUGACUUUGAAAGAAACGUCUGUUGUAGGUGGGAACAGUGAAGAGAACCAACUAUUGCUUUCCGCUGAACCGAUUGUUGUUUCCAGUGAUGAAGAAGGACCCAUUGAACAUAAUAACUCAGCAAUUCUAAAGUUACAGCCUAGUCAAGAUUAUGAGAUUGCAAGUGAAGGUCAGGGUAUGUCUGAAGCACAUUUGUCAGAACUACCACUGGGUGCCUGUGAGUCAGUACAGACAUCUGAAGUAUGUCCCUACAAUCCUGACAUGGAAGAUAUUUCCUGUAUUAAACCUAAUAGUGAAAUGGAUCUGAAACUGGAUAUUGCAUUUACUUCUGUGUAUAUUGGUAAAGUAAAAGGAGCUUCAAAAGGUUGUGUCACGUUCACAACGAAGUAUAUUAAAAUCCCAUUUCAAGUGGCCGUGAAUGAGGUUUCGCUGUCAGUGGACACCAUACAUUUAAAGAGGUUUGGGUUAUGGAAAAGCAAGGAUGAUGAUCACAGUAAGAGGAACCAUGCUAUCAUUUUCCUCUGGGUUUCCUCAAAGUAUCUUCAAGAGAUUGAGACCCAGUUAGAGAACCCCAUGUUAAGCCAGCAAUCAAAAGCCACUGAAUUCAUUUUCCUUGAGUUAAACAGCUCAGUUUCACAAAAAGAAGAAUUGAAGUUGAAAGAUAUUAUGAUGGAAAUAAGUACGACCAAUGGAGAAUCAGAACUCUCUUCUCCGUUGUCUUGGGCUCAGGCAUUACCUUUGUUUCAGGAUCUGACUUCGAAAGAUAGCUCUUUUAUUCACUGCCACUGUGUUUCCACGCCCUCUUCUCCUGUUGCUGCUGAUGCAGAGAUGAAGAGGAAGUCACUGUCUCAGCCCUCAAAUUCAGAUGCCAUCAAGCCUACUUACACUUUGCUACAGAAACAAAGUAGUGGUUGCUACUCACUUUCUAUUACUUCAAGCCCAGACGAAGAAUGGCAAGAAGUCAGGCAUACCAGGCCUGUUCAGAAGUUGAUUGUUUAUCCUCCACCACCUACCAAGGGGGGGUUGGGAGUAACUAAUGAAGAUCUGGAGUGUUUAGAAGAAGGAGAAUUUCUUAACGAUGUAAUCAUUGACUUUUACCUUAAGUAUCUUCUACUGGAGAAGGCUUCAGAUGAACUUGUUGAGCGAAGCCACAUUUUUAGUAGCUUUUUCUAUAAGUGCUUGACAAGAAAGGAAAACAAUUUAACAGAAGACAAUCCAGAUCUCUCGAUGGCUCAGAGAAGACAUAAAAGAGUCAGAACAUGGACUCGUCACAUAAACAUUUUUAAUAAAGACUACAUCUUUGUACCUGUAAAUGAGUCGUCUCACUGGUAUCUCGCCGUCAUUUGUUUUCCGUGGUUAGAAGAAGCUGUGUAUGAAGAUUUUCCACAAACCAUGUCCCAGGACCAGCAAUCUCAACAUGACAACAAAACAGCAGACAAUGACCCACGAACCACUUCCACAGCAUCCACGAGUGCAGAGGAUUCCCAAAGUACCGAGGUGAAUAUGUCAGUACCAAAGAAAAUGUGUAAAAGGCCGUGUAUUCUCAUACUAGACUCCUUGAAAGCUGCUUCUAUACAAAAUACAGUUCAGAAUUUGCGAGAGUAUUUAGAGGUUGAGUGGGAAGUUAAGCGAAAAACUCACCGUGAAUUCAGUAAAACCAACAUGGUAGACCUGUGUCCUAAAGUCCCGAAGCAGGAUAAUAGCAGUGACUGCGGAGUCUAUCUACUGCAGUAUGUGGAAAGCUUCUUUCAGGACCCCAUUGUUAACUUUGAACUCCCAAUUCACUUGGAGAAAUGGUUUCCUCGCCAUGUAAUAAAGACCAAGCGGGAAGACAUCCGAGAGCUCAUUUUGAAGCUUCAUUUACAGCAACAGCAGGGCAGCAGUAGCAGCUAAUCUGUGCAGACAUGGCGCAUGCUCUCUAAGCUUACUGGAAAGCCGCUUACCAGCAUUUGUGUCAGCUUACGGAGAAGGAAGUAACUUGCCGUAGUUCAUAUAUUGUUGAAAUGUAUGUGGUAUCUUGUUUGAGUUGCUGGGCUCUCACAGCUGAAGGUGUCAUGGAAGCACUUAUAGAAAUUAAAGUUUCAUAAGUAUAUUUUUAUGAUUAAAUAUGCUUGGAUUAUGCAAAAGCGUAUGUAAUGUGGGAAUGUUUUCGUAAGUAAUGAAGCUCUGUGACCUGUACUUCCACAUGACUGGGUGCUGAUGGGAGUUGGGUUCUCCCUGGUGCCAGCCCCAGGACUUGUCAGAUUUGUUGACGAGUCACAUCGUAUUGUAAUUCUAUCCUUUGCAGCUCAAGCAUGCAGUAUGAAUACUGUGUAUUUUUUUUU